AUGCGGAUGUUUCACAAUGUAAAGGAUGUAGGAUUUCUCCAGGUGAAAGUCAUCAGAGCAGAAGGGCUGAUGGCAGCUGAUGUCACAGGUAAAAGUGACCCAUUUUGCGUAGUAGAACUGAACAAUGAUAGAUUACUGACACACACAGUCUACAAAAAUCUCAACCCUGAAUGGAACAAAGUCUUUACAUUCAACAUUAAAGAUAUCCAUUCAGUCCUUGAAGUGACGGUUUACGAUGAAGAUCGAGACCGAAGUGCUGACUUCCUGGGCAAAGUUGCAAUACCGUUGCUGACUAUUCAAAAUGGUGAACAGAAAGCCUACGUCUUGAAAAACAAGCAGCUGACAGGGCCAACAAAGGGGGUCAUCUAUCUUGAAAUAGAUGUGAUUUUUAAUGCUGUGAAAGCCAGCAUCCGAACAUUAAUUCCCAAAGAGCAGAAGUACAUUGAAGAGGAAAACAGACUCUCUAAACAGCUGCUGCUCAGAAACUUUAUCCGGAUGAAGCGCUGUGUCAUGGUGCUGGUAAAUGCUGCCUACUACAUUAACAGUUGUUUCGACUGGGAUUCACCCCCAAGGAGUCUCGCUGCUUUCGUGCUCUUCCUCUUUGUGGUUUGGAACUUUGAGCUCUACAUGAUACCCCUGGUUUUGUUGUUGCUACUGACGUGGAACUACUUUUUGAUAAAAUCAGGGAAAGAUAAUCGGCAACGUGACACGGUAGUGGAGGACAUACUAGAGGACGAGGAAGAAGAAGAUGACAAAGAUGACAAGGACAGUGAAAAAAAAGGAUUCAUAAAUAAAAUCUAUGCCAUCCAAGAGGUGUGUGUCAGCGUCCAGAACAUCCUUGAUGAAGUGGCAUCCUUUGGAGAGAGGAUAAAAAACACAUUCAACUGGACUGUCCCAUUCUUAAGCUGGCUGGCAAUUGCUGCUCUCUGUGUGUUCACAAUCAUCCUGUAUUUCAUUCCGCUGAGAUACAUUGUCCUUGUCUGGGGCAUCAAUAAAUUUACAAAGAAGCUUCGGAGUCCAUAUGCCAUUGAUAACAAUGAGCUACUUGACUUCCUUUCCCGAGUUCCUUCUGAUGUACAAGUAGUGCAGUACCAAGAACUGAAACAAGAUCCCAGUCAUAGCCCGUGUAAAAGGAAGAAAAACAAUCUUGGCUAGCCAGCUUCACGCACUGAGGAGACCAGCAGCAUCUGUUUGAGAAAGAUAAAAGAAAAAAAAAAGCCCCCAGCCUCAGCAACAUUUCCUUCCUUUAUGUUUUUAUUUAUUUUGUCUUUUUUUUUAUCAUGAUGGAGAGAAUCUGUAAAUAUUGUACAAAGGCAUAUGUCAUUGAAAAUAUACUUCCGUUGUACAGAACCAGUUUGAUAAGGGUUUCAAGUUUGGCUUCAGUUAUAUGAAACCCUUGCUAGCAGUGGAUGAAAGUAUAACAUGUUAAAAAAGCCAAUGCAAAAAAUAAAAAAAUACAUGGGAAGAUACUUCUGAUGGUUAGUGAACAGGCUAGAAUAUCAGAUUAAAUACUCAGCUGUGUCUGAUUAAAUCUAUAAAAAUGUAAAUCUAAAUCUGAUUCUUAGAGGUGAAUUGUGGUUUGUUUGGUUUUCAUUGACUAUUUUUUAUCCAAAACGUUAUCCAUUACAGUUUUUCUCAUUUCAACAGGGGAGAAAAAUAACCAACCAACCCCAUAACCUGGGGUCAAGUUUAUCACAGAUUCUAUAAUUUGGACCCUGUUCACUUUGGGUGUAAAUUAACUUAGAGUUGCUAGUGCUGCAUCUAAAUGAAUGAAUGAAAGUACAUUUAGCCUUCAAGAGAACUGUCGGUUCUUGAGGUCCAUGAGGAACAGAAGUUCCACUCCUUGUCCGUCAUUCCAUUUGAGGACUUUAAAAUCUAAAUAGGUCUAAAAUUAAAUACUGCCAGGUUUCUAAGUGAUUGCAUAUGACUUUUUGUAUAGUACACAUUAUUAUACUAUAAUACUUUAAUUUGUACUGAAUUAGCAGAUUAGCAAACCCAGUACAGUUAUCAAUAAUAGCAUUAGCAAUCUGAAUCCAUUACGGCUUUUGGUAUCAGGUUAUGAACGCCCUUUGUCUGGCUAAGGAAUUUUAAUACGUAAUUGUUCUCAAGAGGCAGUGUGAGGAUAAUGGGUAGAGUCAGCCUUGAAGUCAGGAAGACCCCUUGGGUUCAAGAUCUGGUUCUAUCACGUUAGUUGUGUUCACCCAGGCAAAUGACUUAACUUCCCCAGAGAACUUGCUAAGACCAAGAAGUUGUUGUUUUGUAUUUAAAGAGUGACGGUCUAUGCCUGGAGUAAACCACCCUGAUGGCGAAGAACCCUCCCCUUAAAAAAUUUUUCAUAGAAAAAAAGUUUUGCUUUUUUUUAAUACAUCAUAUAAAAUGCUUCAUUGUGUAUGGCUUUCUAGCUAUCAAUAGGAAUUUUAAUUUAGAGGAGGAUGAAAUGUGGCGAGUGAUAUGCCAAUAUAUUCAUUUCUUUCAUUUAUGAAAUGGUAAUUUCUACUAAUAUGGAUCUGGUCCUCCUGCAUGAAAAUCAGUUUUGUAAAUUAGACUGCUCAUUUAGGGAGAAAAAAUGGUUUACCUUUGAACAAUGUUCACUAAUCCCAGCAGAAUGAACACUUUCAGUUGCCAUUUGCAAGACUCCACACAGCAGUUUUUGUACUUAAUUCCCUCUGUGUCAAGUAGAGAAUAUACCUCGAGAGAGAAAUCAUCUGGAGAGAAAUUCUCACUUUUCUGACUUGAUAGGGGAUCAAGCUUUGGUUGGAAUUGUUACAAAGAAUGUUUUCUACCAUUCUAAUAAUAGACUUGGGUAGGGAUUAUGUUAGAGUGAGUUAAAGAGAGACAAGUUGGAAAAAUGUUGGAGUGGGAGAAAUGUCUAUAUUUCUGUCUAUAGGAAUAUUCUUUAAAAAUGCACUUAUGGAAGCUGAUUUAAAAAAUAUUUUUAUGUUACUGAUAUAUUGAUAAAUACUGUUUCUUAUGAUGAUAGAACUAUUUUGAUCCUUUCUGUUUAUACAAUAUGCUUGAAGGAUGCCAAUCAAAUUCGCUUUUUGCCAAAAGGCUUUGACCUCAAUGUGUUCCUUUUAGCUCAUCCAGUUUAUCUUGAACAAUUGGGAAUGGGCACAUCCCCAUACUGUUACUGUUUGUUGUUAAGGAACAAUAUACCAUGAAUGAAGUUGUUACUCUUGAAACUUUAUUGAUGGGGACCUAUUGUUUGUUUGAAAUAACUUUCAGUUAGAUCUUUUGUAAAAUGUAUGUUCCAUUCUGGUGUUGUCUGCAGACCUCAGAUGAUCAGUAAGCCUGACAUUCUGCAGAGCUCAGACGUGCCCAACGGAAUAUUAACCAUUAAUCUAUGUGCAAAUUCCUGUUCUUUCACUGUACCCAAUUUCAGAUGUUUACUUCAGUGGUAAUGUUUACUACACAUUUACUGCAUUAAACACAAAAGAGAAUGAUUAUUUCCAAGUAUAAUCAGUAAAGUCACAGUCAUACUCUCCCUGUCUCUCUUUUCCUGGAAUGCAUACCUUUUCUUAAAGUGACACUUCAAGCGGGAAUAGUAGAUAGUGUUAGAAUUGGAGUCAGGAAGCCCUGGUAUCAGUUCCUGCCUUAAACAUCAACUACUGGGACAAGAAGUCACUUAUUUAUAAAAAUGGGGACAACAGUAGUACUUACUUUAAAGGGUUGAUAUGAGGAUGAAAUGAGAGAACAUGUAUAAAGUACUUUGUAAGCCUGGAGGACUAUAUAAAUGCUAGCCAUUAUUAUUAUUAAUUAUUAUUAUUAUUAUUAUUACAGGCUUUGUUUGGUCACCCAAAAAGAUUUUUCCAAUGCAUAGAAGGAUUUCUUUUUCUAAACCUUAUUCUUUAGGAGCAGAGUUUCCAACAGAUCUCUUCAUUCCAAUGAGGUUCUAGAGUGGCAGGCAGAUAGAGGAAUAAUUACCCUGAACUAUCCCUUUUCAUGAUAAUAACAUUUAUAUAGCACUUUAGGAUGUCAAAGGCUCAUAAACAUUCUAUCAGGUAGGUGGCGUAAGUAUUACUCCCAUUUUGCAGAUAAGGAAACCCAGGUUUAGCCCUAAGACUGGCUUCAAAUCCUAUAGCUGGGUCAAGAACCUGGGACUUAUGACUCCAAGGCCUGUCCCCUUUCCCCUGAGAAUGCUCCCUCUCUUAGCAUACCAACAAUCCAGGAGGGGAUUGAUAUUAUUGCUACAGACAUGGCUCAGAAAUAAAAGUUGGGUGGAACCUACUUAUUGUCUAACAGCAGGGGACUGAGCCAUUUCUUUUUGAAAAUCCCCUCUGGUGAGGCCCACAUCUUGUUUCCUCAGAGCUGUGAGAUUUCAGUCCAAAGAGCUCUUGGAAAGUCAGCUAUGACAUAAGUGCUCAAACAUGCCUAUUCUCAACAGAUGAACACUGGACGUGAACCUCUCACCCUGAUUUAGAAAGAGAAUUGCCAAAGCUGUGGUACUAAUUAGCUGUGUCUCAAGAUGUGAUAUGGGAUAAACUCAGUAAAAAUCCUUCAACUAUAUUUGGACACAUUCCACAAAUUGGUAGUAUCACCCUUCGGGUAGGGAAGAGAAAAGCUGAGCAGACCUGGAUUCUAAUUCCACCUCUAAUCCACUACUGACUUUGUGAGUUUCUGUGCUUCUGGUGACACUUAAAAGACUAAACAUUGCAAAUCUUCAUUGGUGGGGAAAAUUUCCUCUGGGCUUUGUCGACACCAAUGAAAUCACAGGUCCAGACCAAAAAAAAAAAUCAACAAUUAUCCCUCAAAGGAGCAGCAUUUAUAUUUAUACAUGUUUAGUAUGGCUCUAGGGAAUUUAGGUAGACUUGAUGUAUGAGUCAGCAUAGGGAGUACACUCUAAAAAUCAAAACAGUUUUCAAAGUUCUCAUGUUAUAUUAACAUCGACAUCAAAUGAAUAGAAAUUUUUUGUUGUUUUCAUCAGUAAAUGGGAUAUAAUAUUAGCAGAGAGAUUAUUUGGUAUUUCUAGUAGAACACUAGACUUAUUUAAGGGGUUCCCUUCUAAGCUUUCAUUUUGAGAUUUCCACUGAGGGUUUUCCAUUCAUUUGGCACUUCCAAAAUAUUUCAAGCAAGUCCUUUAUAGAAUAUCCACUCAAGUGGACAGAGCACCGGCCCUGGAUUCAGUAGGACCUGAGUUCAAAUACAGCCUCAGACACUUACUAGCUGUGUGACCCUGGGCAAGUCACUUAACCCCAUUGCCUAGCCAAAAAAAAAAAAUUAUGUCCACUCGAUAUUUUAAGAGCAGAGAAGGACUUAGUGAUGAGUUCUGUCACAUCUGUGAACACAAACACUUAACCUCUUGAUUUCUAUAUCCGAAUUUACUUUCUUCAGAGUUGAUGACCCCAAACCCCUCUAUAUUAAAGACUCCUGGACUUA